AUGGCGCCACAAGACACGUACAUCGACGAUGAGGAGGACUGCUGCCCUCUCUGCAUCGAGGAGUUCGAUCUCUCCGACCGGAACUUCCGACCGUGCCCUUGUGGAUACCAGUUUUGCUUCAAUAACAUCCGGACGAAUAUGAACGGUCUGUGCCCCGCUUGUAGGCGCCCGUACGAUGACAAAACCAUCCAGUGGAAAGUGGUCACACAAGAAGAGGUCGCCGAGUUUCGAGCCAACAUUCAGAAAAACCAGAAAAAGCGUGCUGCCGAGCAGCGCCAAAAAGAGGCACAGAAGCGCGAAGCCGAGAAAGAGAACCGCAAGAAUCUGGUUGGCGUCCGGGUGGUUCAAAAGAACUUGGUUUAUGUGACCGGUUUGACACCGACAAUCCGCGAAGACGAGUUGCUCAAGACCCUUCGCAAGCCCGAGUUCUUCGGCCAGUACGGGAAUAUCCUCAAAAUCUCCAUCAGCAGUCGCAAGGGCACCGACGGACAAAGCCAGUCUCUCGGCGUUUAUGUGACGUUCGAGAAGCCGGAGGACGCCGCUCGGUGCAUCCAGGCUGUAAAUGGGUCCCAGAAUGGCGACAGGAUCCUGAGGGCCCAGCUGGGGACCACGAAAUACUGUUCUGCCUGGUUGCGACAUGAGCAAUGCACAAACCGGCAGUGCAUGUUUCUCCACGAGCUGGGCGAUGAGGAGGAUAGCUACAGCCGGCAGGAUCUAUCUUCGAUGAACAGCAUCAACUCGCAGCGUCCGAUCCAUAAUUCGGGCCCCACUCGCUCGGCUUCGAGGCAGCAAGCCCACCCCUCGCCAUCCCCCGCAGUUGCGCAACCCAUGGCGAGAAGCUCGAGCAAGGACGGAUCGGACCAUGGCGGCGAUGGACCGGCGCUUCCGCCCUCAGCAAACUGGGCACGCAACCCACAGGUCCGGAGUCGCAGAGGCAGCCACGCGACAAGUGCUGCAGCUCCCAGCCCUGCUACUUCGAAUUCGGUACCGGCGACUGCCGGAUCCGCCGUCGAAGACUCGUCAGCGGAUUCUUCUGCUGCCACGGGUGCCGCUCGGCCUGCGGCGGCUACCGUGUCAAAGAAAUCUUCAGCCACGCCAGCGGAGAAAGCAAAGCGGAUUCCCCAGGAUGCUCUGAAGUCGCUGCUAAAGUCUCUGGAGGGGUGUUCGCUUGCCUGGCCUAAACCCGGUGGCGAUUUACCGCCAGAGGAGUUCAAUAAGCUCUAUCCUCCGCUCUUCGACAUCCGCGGCGGAAUGCGGCGCCGCGCCCUACGUGCGGCCGAAGAAAACAGCAGCGUUGGAGAACAGCAGUCGGGUGGCGCCCAGGAGGCGUCCGAAGGCGAACCUGAGAGCAGUGGUAGUCUGGCACUAGGCGGGGAACCCGAAGAUCGCGACCAUGGCCGCGACGGGUCCGGCUUUGACCCCCGCCGCGUUGCGCAGCUGCCGAUUCAGAGGGCCGGCACAAACGAUCUUUUUGGCCAGGCAGUCGGCUCCGGUUUCGCUCAGACCACCGCGAAUCUGGCUGCCAUUGGCGGGAGCCGCACAGUGACGCCCCAACAGCCCGCGUUCAUGCGCCAGCCGGGUAACUUUGUCGACCACCUGUCUGCGCAGGCGAAUCUGUUCCAGGGCCAGGGUCACAACCGCCAGGGCUCGCGUUUCAACUUUGCCAACGACGGGAGGGAUGCUGCGUCGGCUACGUCAGUGAAGCUGGCGGCCAACCCCAGGAUCAUGGCACAGCAGUCGUCGAUGAUGCCGUCGUCUUUCCACAACCAGCCCGGCGGCCAGUACUAUGCCAACUCCAUGCCCGGGCCGCCGCCCGGUCUCAAGUCGACAGGCACGCCUCCAGGCGUGUUUGGACAGCACGGCUUCGGCUCCGCCGCAUUUGGCGGCGCUACGAAGGACGCCAAUGAGAUGCUUCAGCUCUUCCGCGGCCGGGGUGCCGGCGGCCAGACGCACGAUGCCGGAAAGCUUGAUCUUGCGGACCCGAGUAUCCUGCAGGCGAGAAUGCAGUCUCAGCAGCACUUGCAGCAACAGAGCAAUGCCGGACUCGGACAGGGACUGUUCGGUGGUCAGUCGCAAGGUGGGUUUUGCACCGUCGGGGCUGAGGUGGCAUCGGUGGUCAUAAUAGAGCAUCAUUACACCGACGAUGAGCUGCCCUCCCUCGACGAGGUCAGAUCAAGCGUAGAUGCCCUCGUCGCCGACGAGCCCAUCAACGCAAAUAUUCGGCUGCCUCCGGGCGCAUUCGAGUCGCUUAGCCGCUCAGGGACACCGUCAGUACCUCCAGGGUUCUCAAUCCCCAGCGCCCACCCGUCCCCGGCCGUCUCGCAUUCGUCUCUGUUAGCCAACAGCGUCGGUCGUCAGACCCCUCCGGUUGCGCUACCUAAGGUGCCUGUCAAGCCUCCCGUCGCUGCAUCUAGCCCGCUGCUAAAGAAGGCCGUUACGCCGGUACCCGAGUCCAAGAAAGCGGUCAGGACCCUUGCCGCCGAAAGCGGUUUGUCGAAGGACAUUGCCAAAGCGAAGCAGAAGGUCUUGCAAGAUGAAGACUUUCCGGCUCUUGACUCGCCUAAGCCUAAACCCGCGACCACGCCCGUCGCUCAACCCAAGCCAGCAGUGAUUAAAUUAGGUGCAUCAGGCAGCAAAAAGUCACCGGAAAAGGCGGCGGACAAGGUGAAGGAGAAGGCUAAGGACAAGGACAAGGAAAACGAAAAGGACAAGGAAAAGGAGAAGGAGCAGGAAAAAGAAAAGGAAAAAGAGAAGAAAGAAACGGAAAAGGGAAAGGGGGAGAAAGAGCAGGACAAGGAGAAGGAGAAGGACAAAUCCUCGCCAGCGGCGGCGUCCAACCCGGCCCCAACCUCCGAGAGAAGUGAAACGUCUACGCCGGGGACCAAAAGUUCCGAAAAGGUCUCGGACAACUCUUCCGAGAAAGCGGCCGACAAGGUGGAGAAGCGCCCAGUCCCCGGUGUCCUGAACAUCGCCGCGGCGACCAAGGUAUCCCAGGUCAAGAACUCAGAGGCAAACUCCGCGACGGACAAGGCGACCUCAGAGCGCGAUUCGGCUUUCCCAGCGUUGCCGACCCCGACUCCCGUCUCGGCUCCGUCUCCCCUCCCUCGGACAGGUCCGAAAACUCUUAGAGUCGUGUCCACGCCUAAGACAGAAACACCGUCGACUCCGGUCCUGGCCGGCCCUGGUGUGAAGUCCGUGGCGGCAGCAGCGGGGGUACGCCCUGACACCCCCGCCAGCGAGUUGAUUUCGGACAGCGCGUCCAUUAUCUCGGCUUCUAUCUCCGCUUCGCGCACCAAUUCUCCGCCUCCAUCCAAGAUCGGCUCCGCCCCUCCCCGAACCACGACCAAGAGCCAGCAGCGUAAACAGCGCAAAGAGGCCUUGAAGAAGGAGUCAGCGAGCAUCGCCGCGCAGCCCGUCAAGGUCGAGCCGGCCGUUGAGAUCGGCCCUAUCGUCGGUCGCAAGAAGAAGCAGAAAAAGGACAAGGAGAAGCCAAGCAACAAGACUGCUACUCCUGCGGAAAGUCGUCCCGAUACGCCUUCGACGACCAACCCAGCCUCUGCCAAGGAGACCAAAGAAGGUUCCGAGAACAAGGAGACUAAGGAGACCAAGGACGCCAAGGACGCCAAGGACGUCAAGGAGGCCAAAGAGGUCAAGGAGGAGUCUUCGGCCUAUCGGUCGACGGCAAACGAGACGACCACCUUGACUGACGAUCCCCCGUUGCAAAGCCGGUACGCUAGCUUGAAGAGUAAGGCCAGCGACAAACAGGACAAGAGCCAAGAUGCGUCGACUCCGAGAACCCUGCCCACUCCCGCCUCGGUUUUGCGCGACCUUCAAGCGGCCGAGCUGGUACCGAGCAACUUGGAGGACCUACCCAUCUUCAAGCCGGUCAACGUCCAGGUUGACAAGUCGCGGAACGAGGCUGUCAUGACGGGGCUUCGGGAGCAAGCGGCCAAGAACUCCAUGGCACCAACCAAGUCGAUCGUCACGGAGGACGACCAAGCCGCGCUCCUCGCGGGCAAGCCGGUCCGCAAGGUGGUGGACGGCACCCGCAUCCUCCUGACUCCCAACGGGGACUGCAUUCGAAACCUCAGCCCCGAGGAGGAAGAUCGCUUUCUCGAGCUCCAACAGCGCGUUGCUGAGGCGGCCGCCAGUCCCGCCGCCUUUGUCUCAUCUCGACAUGAGGCCGGUGGUGGCUUCAGCCUCAUCAAAGGCCGCGCAGUGCCCAACGGGCCCCCGAGUUAUUUCCCACCGGCACCCGGUGCCUAUCCCUCCGACCCGGUGAACAAGAUCCAGCGCGAGGAAGCCAUCUAUUAUAUCAACCAAUACGUUCUCCCGCGGCUGAACCUCAACUCCCGGGAUAUGAGCCUGCCCAAAGCAAUGUCAACUUGGACUACUGACCCGCGGGGAUCUGCCGCCGCGAACCUCAGCUCAGUCGCGCCGUGGCUGUAUGGCAGUAUUGGCGGCAGCUCAUCAUCCCCUUCUCACCUGCCACCGCUGUCCCACGAUGACAUCCUAGACGCCGGCGCCGCCGCCCCGGAGCUGAGCUAUCCGGGUCCGGUAGGAGCAUUUGCCGACGACUUGCACCACCACGACACGUACCAACAGCAACCAAACCAAGCCGCAUCCUCCUCCUCCUCGUCGUCGGCUCUCCCCGCCGGCACGGCCGCCGGCGGAGGCAGCGGCGGCAGCAACAGCGGCGGUAGCAACCUCACUUCGCCCGGCGCCUUCGGCAACGUCCCGCUGAUGUCGCUCGAGGACGCCGAGCAGGCACUCUCCGCGGCGCGCAAAGAGACGGAGAAGCUGGAGAAGAGCCUCAACCAGCUGAUGCGCAAGAACCGCAGGCUGCUGAUGGCGCCGGUCCAGGGGCCGCCGGCCAUCCCGGCCGGCGGCGGCGGCAGCGGUGGAGGGGACGCGGGCCAUUGACUAGCCUGGGCGCCGUCGCCGUCAUCCCCCUUGUCGUCCGGGCUCGGCGGCGGCCCCAUACUGGGCAGCGUUGGUCCUGCGGCGGCGACGGCGGCGACGGCGGUGGUGAUGGAGGGGAGGUAUCAAGGCGGCCGGCGCGCCCCGGGCGCCGCCGCGGGGUGGAGGAGGAACGGAGAGGGAGGGAGCGUGUUUGCCAGCCGCCGGGACGCCGUGGCGGCCGCGGCCGUGGCCGUGGCGCUCGCGCGCCUGCUCAGGGGGCUGAGCAGCAUGGGGGAGGCCGUCUUCGCGGCGGUCUGGAUGGCCGUGGUGCUGAUGGAGAGCGU